GUUUUUGCCACGCAAAUUUCGCCGCAUAGAAUAACUUAGUAAAGGUGAGGUUUUUGCAUUUGAGCUUUAUUAAUGAACUAAACAAGCAUUCUGAAAGUCAUGGGUAAGAAACUAGAGCGAAGUGAUGUCUGCCGCGUACCCGAGAAUAUAAAUUUUCCGGGCGAGGAGGAAAAUGUGCUAAAGCAAUGGAAAGAGGAGAAAAUUUUCGAAAAGUGCAGCCAGCUGUCCAAGGGAAGGCCCAAAUAUACUUUCUACGAUGGUCCGCCGUUCGCUACGGGAUUGCCCCACUAUGGCCACAUCCUAGCUGGAACCAUUAAGGAUAUUGUGACCCGCUAUGCCUAUCAACAGGGGUAUCAUGUGGAUCGUCGUUUUGGCUGGGAUUGUCAUGGCCUGCCAGUGGAAUUCGAGAUUGAUAAGAUGCUGAAUAUUCGCGGCCCCGAAGAUGUGGCGAAAAUGGGAAUCAAGGCCUAUAAUGCAGAAUGCCGAAAGAUUGUAAUGCGUUAUGCUGAUGAAUGGGAAACAAUAGUGACGCGAGUGGGUCGCUGGAUUGAUUUCAAAAACGACUAUAAGACAUUGUACCCAUGGUACAUGGAGUCCAUUUGGUGGAUCUUUAAGCAGUUGUUCGACAAGGGUUUGGUCUAUCAAGGCGUGAAGGUAAUGCCCUAUUCCACUGCCUGCACCACAUCCUUGUCAAACUUCGAAGCGAAUCAGAAUUACAAAGAGGUGGUUGAUCCCUGUGUGGUUGUAGCUCUAGAAGCAGAAACUUUGCCUAACACCUUUUUCCUGGUAUGGACCACAACGCCAUGGACAUUACCUUCGAAUUUUGCAUGCUGUGUACAUCCUACAAUGACGUACGUCAAGGUACGCGAUGUGAAAAGCGACCGCUUGUUCAUCUUGGCCGAGUCUCGUCUAUCGUAUGUCUUCAAGACAGAGGCGGAAUACGAGAUCCUGGAAAAGUUUGCAGGACAAUCAAUUAAAGGGCUGCAUUAUAAACCACUUUUCCCCUAUUUCGCCGAGCGUGGAGCAGCUGUGAAAGCAUACCGUGUUUUAGUGGAUGAAUAUGUCACGGAGGAUUCGGGUACAGGUAUUGUCCAUCAAGCUCCAUACUUUGGUGAGGACGAUUAUCGCGUCUGUCUGGCUGCUGGCAUCAUCACCAAGUCCAGUGAAGUCGUUUGCCCAGUGGAUGAUGCAGGAAGAUUUACCUCAGAGGCCACCGACUUUGAGGGCCAAUAUGUGAAAGAUGCGGAUAAGCAGAUUAUCGCGAAACUGAAGGCAAAUGGCAAUCUGGUAUCCAGCGGUCAAGUAAAGCAUAGUUAUCCUUUCUGUUGGCGUUCAGACACGCCCCUCAUCUACAAGGCUGUACCAUCUUGGUUUGUACGCGUGGAGCACAUGUCGAAGAAUCUAUUGGCUUGCAGCGGUCAAACCUAUUGGGUUCCCGAUUUCGUGAAGGAAAAGCGAUUUGGAAACUGGCUUAAAGAUGCCAGGGAUUGGGCUAUCUCACGCAAUCGGUAUUGGGGCACGCCCAUUCCUAUUUGGCGAUCACCGGAUGGCCAGGAAACCAUUGUCAUUGGCAGUAUCAAACAAUUGGCUGAACUCUCCGGCGUUCAUGUGAACGACCUGCAUCGUGAGACUAUCGAUGAUAUUGAAAUUCCUUCUGCUGUGCCUGGCAAUCCUCCACUGCGCCGCAUUGCACCUGUAUUUGAUUGCUGGUUCGAGUCGGGAUCCAUGCCAUUUGCUCAGCAGCAUUUCCCCUUUGAAAACGAGAAGGAUUUCAUGAACAAUUUCCCAGCCGAUUUCAUUGCCGAAGGCAUUGACCAGACUCGCGGUUGGUUCUACACGCUUUUAGUGAUCUCCACUGCCCUGUUUAAUAAGGCUCCUUUCAAGAAUUUGAUCGCCAGCGGUUUAGUUUUGGCCGCCGAUGGCCAAAAGAUGUCAAAGCGCAAGAAGAAUUAUCCCGAUCCCAUGGAGGUUGUCCACAAAUAUGGAGCCGAUGCCCUGCGUCUGUAUUUGAUCAAUUCGCCCGUUGUGCGAGCCGAGAGUUUACGCUUCAAGGAAGAUGGCGUUCGUGAUAUAAUUAAGGAUGUCUUUUUGCCUUGGUACAAUGCCUAUCGGUUCCUGCUGCAAAAUAUUGUGCGUUAUGAGACGGAAGAUUUGGGCGGCAAAGGUCAAUAUGCAUACGAGACCAAGAGGCAUUUGUCGAACAUGGAACAGGCUUCCGUUAUCGAUGUUUGGAUUUUGUCAUUCAAGGAAUCGUUGUUGGAAUUCUUUGCCACCGAGAUGAAAAUGUAUCGUCUGUACACGGUGGUGCCCAGAUUAACCAAAUUCAUCGAUCAGUUGACCAAUUGGUAUGUGCGUCUCAAUCGUCGCCGCAUCAAGGGUGAAUUGGGUGCCCAGCAAUGUAUUCAAUCUCUGGACACAUUGUAUGAUGUUCUAUACACAAUGGUCAAAAUGAUGGCUCCCUUCACACCCUAUUUGAGUGAGUACAUCUUUCAGAGAUUGGUUCUGUUCCAACCUGCUGGGUCAUUGGAGCAUGCAGAUUCAGUGCAUUAUCAAAUGAUGCCUGUGAGCCAAAAGAAAUUCAUUCGCAGUGAUAUUGAGCGUUCAGUGGCCUUGAUGCAGUCCGUGGUGGAGCUGGGACGUGUGAUGCGAGAUCGUCGCACAUUGCCUGUCAAGUAUCCUGUCUCGGAGAUUAUAGUUAUCCACAAAGAUGAGGAAACCCUAAAGGCAAUCAAGAGCCUGCAGGACUUUAUUCUCAGCGAACUAAAUGUGCGGAAACUGACAUUGAGUUCCGAUAAGGAGAAAUAUGGUGUUACAUUAAGAGCUGAACCCGAUCAUAAGGCACUGGGUCAGCGCCUUAAGGGUAACUUUAAGGCUGUAAUGGCUGCCAUAAAGGCUCUUAAAGAUGAAGAGAUUCAACAGCAUGUUGCCCAGGGUUACUUUAAUAUUUUGGAUCAACGCAUCGAAUUGGAUGAAGUGCGCAUCAUUUACUGCACUUCCGAUCAAGUGGGUGGCAAUUUUGAAGCACAUAGCGAUAACGAGGUAUUGGUAUUAUUGGACAUGACGCCCAACGAGGAACUACUGGAGGAGGGACUCGCACGUGAGGUUAUCAAUCGUGUGCAAAAGCUCAAAAAGAAGGCACAAUUGAUACCUACUGAUCCUGUUCUGAUCUAUCAUGAAUUGGCCAAUAAGGGCGACAAAGAUUCAUUGGCUCAACUGAAAAAGGUUUUGGUAAAUUAUGCCAACAUGAUUCAGACCGCUGUGAAAUCGGAAUUCGGUGCCUACGAUGCCAAACAGGCAUCGAAGAAGCGUCUCAUUGCCAGCGAAUUGGUGGACCUUAAAGGCAUUUCUCUCCAGCUAACCAUAUGCUCUACGGAAGAGCUGCAGUUACCCAGUCUGGCUUGGUCGAAUGUCCUCCUUGCCGAGGAGUUGAAGCCACGCUUUGGCAACGGUGACAAGGCCACCGUCUUGCUGCAACACAAUCUUACCAAGGAAUUCAUCACGCUGCCCAUUCUGAAAAAGGAAUUAGAGAUACUGUUUGGACUCUACGGCGUUAGUUACAACAUCUACGUUAUCGAUCAGCAAAAGAAACUCACUGAACUAAAAGCCAUCGACAAGAACCUUAGUGGCAAACUGUUGAUACUGGCACGCACCUCAGAGGCUCUUAAGCAAAUUGAAAAGAGCCUGGAAGUAGCCGUGGCUCCGUAUUCCAAAUUUGCAAAUCAACCAUCUGGUAGCACAAUAUUCACUGAGAAUCCUACCGGACAGAGUCUGGCAUAAGCUUUGAAUUCUGUCAAUACCCUUUUGGCUUACGGAAGCAACACGAAACUGAAAUUGUUAUUAACUUUUACAAAAAGCUUUAUACCAAUUCAAAACAAAAGUUUAAACUGAAAUAAAAUCCCAAUUGUUGUAAUUCCA